AUGAGAUCCUUCAUCCUACUGCUCUUCUCCUUGUUGUUGGUGUCGCACGGAUCUUCAGCGGUCAUCACAGGGUCUUGUGAAAAGGACUCUCAGUGUGGAGGAGGAAUGUGUUGUGCAGUGAGUUUGUGGAUUCCCAGCCUGCGCAUGUGUACGCCCAUGGGACUGGAAGGAGAAGAGUGUCACCCAAUGAGCCACAAAGUUCCUUUCUUUGGGAAAAGACUCCAUCAUACUUGCCCUUGUCUGCCCAACCUGUCAUGCAUCACCAUAGAAGAGGGGAAAUCCAAAUGUCUUUCUCCAUACAAGUAUCCAGACUACUACCUCUGA